AUGGGCAAGAAAUCGCGGCGCAAGCCCGAGAAGAAACAGAAGGACGACGACGAGGACUGGGGCCAGCCGGACGCGGCGGGCGACCAGGACUGGUGGGUGGCGGGCGAGGGGGGCGACGCGAUCCGCGAGGCGAUGCACCAGCUCGGAGACGCGUCGGAGAACCCGGAGCACCCGCUGGCCGCCCGGGACCGCGCGUUCGGGCUGUCGCCGAUCACGCAGCGCAUGAAGCGGGAAAAGAAGCGGCGGCCCGCGUGCGACGUCUGCGGCGCCGAGGACGCCAAGUUCAAGUGCGUGCGCUGCAACGCGCAGUACUACUGCGGCAAGGAGUGCCAGGCGGAAGCGUGGGGCGCGGGCGGCCACAAGCGCGCGUGCCGGACGCUCCGCGCCGCGUCCGCGGCGGCGGCCGCCGCCGUCGUCGCGCAGCUCAACGACGCGUCGCUCCCGGCGCCGCUCCGCGUCCGCGACCUCGACCGCCUCGACACGGGCGACGUCUACGAGCCCGCGGUCGAGUUCGGCCUCCACGCGGCGCUCCGGGGCGCGCUGCUGUCGCAGUGCGCGUUCGCGGAGCUCCGCGACCUCUUCGCGCACUCGCCGAUGGCCUGCAGCGUGGCCCAGUUCGUCGGGAGCAUGGUCUUCCGCGGCGAGCGGCGCUCGCGCGCGGGCUCGGGCGGCUUCGGCAAGUCCGACGGCGCGCGGCUCGCGGCGUUCUUCGAGUCCGCGGACGACGCCUGGGACGUCUACCUCCGCGCGAUCGCGACGCUCGCGCGCGCCGCCACGGACCGCGCCGUCGCGGCGGACCCGCGCGCGCACGCGCUCUGCCACCGCGCGGGCCGCGACGCGCUCUGCUCGCUCGUCACGGCCCUCGCGCGCCGCGAGGUCGCCGGCGCGCUCCUCGAGGCGCGCGGCGGCGACGGCGACUUCGUCCGCGCGCGCGCGCUCGCGUCCGCCAAGCUCCUCAAGAAGCUCCUCGACCACCUCGCGGCCGUGUCCGAGCGCGAGGACCCCAACUCGACGCUCGAGGCGAACGCGAACCAGAUCGUCGCCAUGUUCGCGCACUGGUGCCGCGUCCACGACGUCGGCGUCGACGUCGACCGCGUCGUCGGCCUCAAGGGCGCGCGGCGCGAAAUGUACGCGCGCAUGGCCGUGCCCCUCGAGGCGUUGCCGAGCGACGCUGCACCGACGACGACGGGCGAGAACGCCGCGCCUCUGCCGAGCGACGCCGCACCGAAGCCCCACAUCGUCUACUUCCUCGUCGACGACCUCGGCUGGCACGACGUGCCCUGGCACAACCCGAGCCUCAAGACGCCGACGCUCGCGGCGCUCGCCGCGGACGGCGUCGUCCUCGACCGCUUCUACGCCUACCGGUUCUGCUCGCCGUCGAGGAGCAGCCUGCUGAGUGGCCGCUACCCCAUGCACGUCAAUCAGUAUAACAUGGCCGGCGACGCGCUCGGCGGCGGCGUCCACGUCAACAUGACGACGAUCGCGAAGAAGCUCAAGGGCGCCGGCUACGCGACGCACCAGCUGGGCAAGUGGCACGCGGGGCAGAGCAGCGCGGACCUCGUGCCCGCCGCGCGCGGCUUCGACACGUCGCUGGGCUACCUCAACGGCGCCGAGGACCACUGGACCCAGGCGCGGCCCGCCUGCGGCGUCGGGAAUUUCGUGGACCUCUACGCGACGGACGGGCCGGCCUUCGGGAAGAACGGCACCUACGGCGCGCAGAUCUACCACGACGCGGCCCUCGACAUCAUCGCGGACCACGACGCGUCCGUCCCGCUCUUCGUCUACUUCGCCUUCCAGAUCAACCACGCGCCCAUGCAGGUGCCCGACGCGUACGCGCGCGUCUACCCCUGCGACGACCCGAAGACGUGCGGCGUCCGGUCGACGUACCAGGCCAUGACGGCCAUGGCCGACGACGUCGUGCGCAACGCGACGGCGGCCCUCAAGGCCAAGGGCAUGUGGGACGACACCCUCAUCGUGCUCACGAGCGACAACGGCGGGCCGUCGGGCACGGACGCCGACAGCUCGAACAAUUUUCCGUUGCGCGGGGGCAAGUACAGCGACCUCGAGGGCGGCGUCCGCGCCGCGGGCCUCGUCGCCGGCGGAUUUUUACCGGACGCCGCGCGGGGCAGGACCCUCGACGGCGCGGGGGCCUACGUGCACAUCUGCGACUGGUACGCGACGUUCGCGCGCCUGGCGGGCGUCGACGCCGCGGACGACGCGUCGGACGCCGACGGCCGGCCGCUGCCGGCCGUCGACUCCCUCGACGUCUGGGACUUUCUCUCCGGGGCGGCGGACGCGUCGCCGCGGACCGAGAUCGUCCUCACGGCCGGCCGCCACCAGCCCGGCGGCUCCGGCGGCGGCUAUAUCGGCGGCCGCUACAAGGUCGUCUUCAACACGCAGUCGCCGGCCAUCUGGAACGGGCCGGAGUACCCCAACGGCACGAAGCCCGCGCCCAUCUCGACGGACUGCGGCGCGUCGGGCUGCCUCUUCGACGUCGUCGGCGACCCGUCCGAGUACGUCGACCUCGCGGCGGAACUGCCGGACGUCCUCGCGAACCUGACGGCCCGCUGGAAGGCCGCGGCGGCGACGGCCUACCAGACGCCCUACGUCGGCGGCGCCAUGAACUGCAGCGCGCCGCGCGUCAAGGCCAUGCUCGCCGGCGGCUUCUGGACGCCGUGGACCGACGACCACGCGACCCGCGGCGCCAUGGCCGCCGGCGGCUUCUGGACGCCGCGGGACUAA